GGAGAAACGCCUCGAAGGGUCUGAAGAAGUUGUCCAGUCUCAGAAACACAGCUGUCCAACCCACUCUGAUUCACCGGGAGAGUCAAAACCCGAAGCCACCCAUCCGCGCUGUGUACCGGAGCAGGAGACCCAGGCGAAGGCUGUAAAAACCCGUUCUCGUCCGUCGUAUCUGAACGGCUAGCUUGUUAGAUAACAGUGUGUUUAUUGGCCAAAAUGAACGGACAUCAGAACGGUUUCCAUAACAACUCGCUCAUCGACGAAGACUGCUUCCUCUUCACUUCCGAGUCAGUCGGAGAGGGUCACCCGGAUAAGAUCUGUGACCAAAUCAGUGAUGCCGUGUUGGACGCACACCUCAGACAAGACCCUGAUGCCAAAGUAGCAUGUGAGACUGUUGCUAAGACGGGGAUGAUCCUGCUAGCAGGAGAGAUCACCUCCAGGGCCCACGUUGACUACCAGAAGAUUGUGAGGGACACGAUCAAAGACAUCGGCUAUGAUGACUCAUCCAAAGGCUUUGACUAUAAGACCUGCAAUGUGCUGGUGGCUUUGGAGCAGCAGUCGCCCGACAUUGCUCAAGGUGUUCACCUGGAUCGAAAAGCGGAGGAUGUGGGAGCCGGUGACCAGGGUCUGAUGUUUGGAUAUGCCACAGAUGAGACUGAGGAGUGUAUGCCCCUCACUAUUGUCCUGGCUCACAAGCUCAAUGCCAAGAUGGCGGAAUUGCGCCGAAAUGGAAGACUGCCGUGGCUCCGACCCGAUUCAAAGACUCAGGUGACCAUUCAGUACCGACAGGAUCAAGGAGCCAUGGUGCCGUUGCGUGUCCACACCGUUGUGGUCUCGGUGCAGCACGAUGAGGCGAUAUGUUUGGAUGAGAUGCGCAAAUGUCUCAAGGAGCUGGUGGUGAAAGCGGUGGUUCCCAGCUGUUACCUUGACCAUGAAACCGUAUACCACCUGCAGCCCAGUGGACGCUUUGUCAUUGGAGGACCGCAGGGGGAUGCUGGUCUGACUGGGCGUAAGAUCAUUGUCGAUACUUACGGUGGCUGGGGUGCCCACGGAGGCGGAGCCUUUUCCGGGAAGGACUACACGAAAGUCGAUCGCUCUGCUGCCUACGCUGCGCGCUGGGUGGCCAAAUCUCUGGUGAAAGCUGGGCUCUGCAGGCGUGUGUUGGUCCAGGUAUCCUAUGCUAUUGGCAUUGCCCAUCCACUCUCCAUCUCCAUCUUCCACUUUGGGACCUCCGAGAGGAGUGAGAAGGAGCUGCUGGAAAUUGUGAAGAAGAACUUUGACCUUCGUCCGGGAGUCAUAGUGAGUGAUCUUGACCUGAAGAGGCCAAUCUACCAGCGCACAGCCGCCUAUGGUCACUUUGGCCGUGACUUCUUUUCAUGGGAGGUGCCCAAGAUUUUGAAAUAUUGAAGCGCUCCUAUCUUUGAGCAGGGCUCCGGUGUACAACAGAUACAUCUGUCUGUCUACUUCCUUCCUUUCCCCUGUACCUGCUCACACAGCCACCUCACCACAGCCUCUACUGCAGAACACCGUGCCCCUUCACAACACGUUAGUCAGGCACUCAUUUAUUAGAUAACGAAAGCAUUUCCGCUGCAGAUAAGUUGGAAAACUUGUACGUGCUGAGCAGUGCUGCCAAUUUUUAUUUAUCUUUGUGACACUAGUUAUGAGUGGAUUGGUUUCUGCAGAAUCAAUUUGCAGUAUAUAUUUAAUACCUAAUUAUAACAGAUUCUCAAAGCAAUCCUAUGGGUAUUAAGCCGACUGAAUGCUAUUCUUCAGCUUUUUUUAAUUCAGGCUGAAGUUUGGUUUGAUAGGUGAUCAGUAGUUGGAAUCCCAUGUUGCUUUUUCCUUUUUAAUUGCAACGUGUUAUUUCACCUAACUUUCUUGAGUUGGUGGCACUGUAGCAUUCCAAAAAUGUCUCCUCCGUUCCCCUUUUACCCUCGGUUUUAUUUAGAUGGAACAAAGACGGCGAAACACUGGAUGGAGACCAUUUCUCCAAAACCUGCAUACACUUGUUUGUGCUCUCCCUUCAGGCCAUUUUUUUCUGACGUUUUACAGAGAAGUCAGAAGCUGCUAUUGACCCCGUGGUUAUGUUGGGCUGCACGAUGAAAUCACUCCAUUUUUGUAUUUAUUUUGUCGGUUCAAAUGUUAUUAAGGCACGAUGCAAUACUCCCUUCCCAUCACUUCCCUCCCUACUCGAGGCUGAAUCUGGGUGACGCUACAGAGAAACUCAGCUCAGCGGCCUCAGCACAGGGCCUCCCUUCAUCUGGUGACCUCCUCCUUUAAUUCAACACAUGGGGUCAGACUCAUUGUGGGACCUAACCGUUUGACCAGCAAGGAAGGACACCCGAGUGACCCGUGCCACAAGGUUUUGUAUCUCUCGGCCGCGCAUGUUUGCAUAAAACAGCUUCACAGCAGAGACGGUUAGUUAAGGUCGAGUAAAGCUCGGGUGGGUAUAACCAAUUGGUCAGGGCACAGGAGCCGAAUGAAUCUGGUUAGCAGUACCCCGCCGGGCCAAUGCUACAAGCUAGAAUGCUGGGCAGACCGGGUCUUACCAGCAAGGGCAUUGGGAUUAAUAAAAACGCUGUCCUGACACCUUCGGUCUCACCUGCACACCGUGUGAGUUAUACUUUAGCGCACAUGAGGACGUGGUACCAUGUGAAAGGAUUCACAGACCUAAUAGAAUAGAAUAGUGUUUGCGGUUAACCGUCCUCUGGAAUAGCGCGACAGCAUUUGCUCACAGUUACCAAAGAUGCAGGGGCAUCUGUUUCGAUGUUUAAUGUACACAAGUUACACAAUUAAUGUUGGGCUUUCAGAUGAUGCUUUUCUUUCUUUAUGUAUUCAUUUUCUUUUAAUAAAGUAGUUAAAGAAAACACAUGUAAUCACUUUAGCGGAAGAGAUAAGCCUAAACCAGCUGUAGGCUUGCGUUGGUAUUCAUCUUCAAAUCCUCACGGUUGGCAUUUAUCUGAGCUGUGUGUUUGCAGUUAGUGAGUCUGUAAAUGUCUGCAUUGUGUAGCUAGGUGGCGCUGUGUCCUCGCAUAUAGCACUGAAACUAAGAUUUCCUUUUUUCUACUCCAAUGACCCUGAUGUCGCUCUCGAGUUUGUCUCCUCUACACUCACCUCGAGUGUACUGCCGGGAAGGUUCUGAUGGGAUCUGUUUGAAUCAUACUGGUACUGGGAUUAUUUUAAGUAAUCUCUGAGAUGACUCGACCUCCCAAAGAUUAUUUUUUAAUAAUAUGUUUGAAUCAUCUUUUCUCAUCCACAAGGAGCCAAAUGAUUGGUUGGUGUUGUACAGAGAAACCAUCCUGUUUACAUGGUCUCCUGUGGGAGUGUCAAGCAGCUUUUUUUAUGUUUUAUUUUUCUCAAUAAUUACCAGUACUUUAGUUAGUGUGGCUGCUGAUUGUGGAAAAAGUGCCUUUUCUCAUUUUCUGCAAUGCCCUAUUUCCCUCCCCCAAAUAUGUAGCUCCGUACCUGUCGAGUCCUCCCCCAGCGUGUGAGUCUCCCCUCUUCAAUGACUCCUACUGAGAACCUUGAUUUGUUGUUGUGCUUCUCUCUCAAACCCUUUUAAAAUAAACUGCACUCUUCUCUGUG